AAAAGCAGUCUCUGAGGCCAUACGUGAUUGUUAUGUAAUGGUUGAGGAGAUUGAAAGAAAAAAGAAACAAAAGGAGGAUCGAGCGGCCAUUGGGAGAGACACAGUUUUAGGAAGAGGGACACAGUUAGGUUGUGUUGGAGGCCCUUCUUCCUUACCUCCAUAUCGUCCCACUCAGUUUGCUACUGCUGGUGCUUCCGUUUCUACUUCUGCUUCUAUAAGUGGCAGUGCCACUGCCACCGCCACUUCUCAUGCUCCUACCACUAGUAGUCAUAGUGGGAAUGUUACCAUUGGACCUAGGAUUCGUAAAUCUAGGUUGGAUUCCUUCUUUGUGCCUCGCACUACUCCUGGGUCCCAACUGUCGCUUGAGGGCAUGGGUUGGAACAAGGAGGUCCAUGAUGCUGCUAAAAUGGCAAUUGGCAGGUUUUGGAGCUACAGCUGUAUUCCAUUCUUUGUAGCCAGGUCUCCUUAUUGGCAACAAAUGGUUGAUGCCAUUACCAUAUGCGGGGCGGGGUUCAAAGCCCCUAGUGAGAGUGAUUUGAGGGGACCCAUUUUGUCUCAAAUGGUGGAUGAUGUGAAAAAGGAUUUAGAUGAACAACGCCACAUAUGGAGCACUAAAAGAUACACCAUCAUGACUGAUGCUAACUUUCCACAACUGGCGGAGGUCAUUGGCAAUGAUAAAGUUUAUGAUCCAUCAUCACAGAGGCUUUCAAACAUCAAGAAUAUGCAGGUACAGGGGACCUCGUUGUCUUCUUCACUUCGUCAAAGUCAGCAGCAAUUCAGGGAUACGGUGGUUUCAAUGGGCAAAGUCAACUGCAAUUCAAGGAUAGGUGGCUUCAAUGGAGUAUGGGUCGUGGAAUCUCACCGUAAAUCUUCAAGUGGGGAAAUGGGAAUUUCUUUUCGAAGACCAGAGGCCAUUAAUCCCGACAGUAUAAGGGAAUUACUCCCUAUUUGCAGGUUUAAAUUUUGCUAA